AUGCGUAAGGAAGGCAAAGAUAAGAGAAGUGGCCUCAUCACUAACAUAUGGAAUGUCACCAGUGGUGGGAGUAGGGUAUGUUUUGAACGAGCAGAACGUGAUAGGCACAAGAAGCAUCUAAUAGCGUUGGAUAGUGUGAAGUCGAGUAUCGAUAAUAAGCCCCCAAAGGAGAUGUCGCAUUUGAAGAACAAGAGGAAGGCUAAGUUGAUAAUGGAAGAGAGGAAUGCCGAGAUACAGCUAGAGAAUCGUAUACUACUCGAUAAGAUGCUAAACAUAGAUAAGGAGAGAAAGAGACAAGCACAGCGUACUUGUAACAAAAUGUAUCAUGGAGAGGCAAUAGAAGAGGCUACACAGAGAAGGCAGCAAGAGUAUCGUCAAUGGGGUGGUUUAGCUCAUCAGAAUAAGAAGAUGCUCAAUAGGCUUACGGCGGUACCACCUGCUAUCGUGGAUACUCAGAAGUUAGCAGUAGCAGAACGGGAUCGUGAGGCUAUGAGGGAUCGCUUGAUAUCGGGCUCUAUGAGGUAG